GGACAAACCCAGGCACCCAAUGCCUAAAGACUGUGAGUUGCCAACGGUCAAGCUCAAAAUCCGGGUCUGGAUAUAUCACAACAAAGCAGAAACAGUUGCCCACCCUCUUUGACUCUAAACUGGUCAUCCUGUUCAUUCAUCCUUUCGCAUUGUGAGCCGUCUCCACAAUCAACACAGCCCGAUGUACUGUCGUCUACUCUCCGAUGCCAACCAGUGAACAAGGAGAAGCCGCUCAGUGUUCACUGCGGGCUGCAGGGGCUUUUGAAGGAUGUGCAGCGAGGACCAGCUCAGCUGCGGGCACACUGCACAGGAGCCUUUGAAAUAUGCUUCAACUGCUGCAGCCUCCUCCCUUUGCAAGUUCUUUCGUCUUUCUUCUUUCGUUUCGCAGUGAGUCUGUCCCCGACGCGCUUUGCGUUCCUCUCUGCUUCUUCCUACCUUACCUACUGCUUCUCGCAGCCAUUCAUUCAUUCUUUUAGCCCAACCGUCACCGCAGCCGUCGUUCAAGGCCCUCCCUACCUUACCUAGGUCCUUCACGUUUGUCGCGUCCUCUGCUCCUACAUAAUUACCGUAAUUACCGUCUCACGCGAUCACGAAUUACGAAGCCAUCUGUUUGCAAAUACAAUAAUUCCCUGGCGACUAAAGAAUUGGUAAGCGUCGUCCACAAGCUCACUUGUCGGAGAGAAAUUGCCAAUCUGGUGCUUUGCAUCAUUCGCUAGCCCCCUGGUCAACGGCCCAACGACCAACUCGCAAACACAACAACUCCACCCGCGCUUUUCAAUGUCAACACGACGCUCUCUAGCAAGACCGCGACCCUCGAUCCUCAACGGCAUAAACUCCACGUCAACCCCAAAUCUCGGGGCGGUCUACACUUCGCACAAGCAACCCUCCUCAGGCGCGUCUCUGGGCCCGAGUGCCAGGCCGCACGCGCUUCUGCGAAAGCAAUCCCUGAACGCCCUGACUCCUUCCGCCCUUUCAAGUAUCCCGGAUGAGAGCUUAGGAUACGGCUUGAGCACAGUGUUGGAUGACGAUUCUAUACCCGGCAAGAUGCCGCCAUUUACACCUUCCCGUGCGGGAGGUGGAGAGGAUCUUGAGGUUGGAGACCUCGUAGAUGUUCCGGGAAGCAUGUACGGAACCGUAAAGUUCGUCGGGACGGUACAAGGGAAGAAGGGAACAUUUGCAGGGGUGGAGUUGAGUGAAGAGUUCGCAACUCGGGGGAAGAACAAUGGCGAUGUUGACGGGGUAUCGUACUUUAAUACCACGAUUCCAGGAGCUGGUAUAUUUCUCCCAAUAAAUAGAGCGAUCAGACGAGGCUCUCCUUCGUCCCAAGAAGGCUCGUUUCCACUCACACCAACCACACCUUCGAUAGGUGGGAAUUUCAGAGUAGCUGGCCAAGGAAGUUCAAGGGCAUAUACACCGCCGACUCCAUCCGUACCCAAAUUCAGUCAGUCUGUCGGACCAGGACGAGCUCCAAGUCCCCAAGUCAAGAAGUCGCGUCCCUCUCUGCCCCGACCCGAAUCACCUCUGCGAAAGCCACAAUUAAGCGCAAGACCAUCAAUCGGAACGCCAUCAUCGAAAACACCUGCACGAUAUGGAAGCCCUGCUCCUGGAAAGUUUGGACAGAGCGUUCGGGGCACACAAGAUUCUAGAGAUCCAAGCAAGAAACCAGGGUUUGCGCCUAAGAAUGGACUGAAAGCCAAUGUUGGACCACGGAGUGCUUCUGCUCUGGGUCAGAUUCCUAUGAACUAUAGCGAUGAUGAGCUUACGCCUGUUGGAGUCUCUCGGGCGACUACCAACGGAAGUCUUGGCUCUGUCUCUUCAUUCAAUACGAAAAUGCGCCCCGCCUCGCGGUCUGCCUCGAGAGCGAAUAACGACGACGAGCUCGAUAGAUUACGAGGGCAACUGGAAGAGCGGGACAAGCAACUGAAGGAGCAGGCGUCAAGUUUGGCCGAGAUGGAAAGUAGCUUGGUCGAAGUCCAGGCAUUGAUGAAUUCUCCAGAAGUUGGGAGCAGGCAAAACAGGGGGAGCAUGGAGGAUAAAGACUCAGCUCAAUUACGGGCCAUAUUACGCGAAAGAAAUGAGAAGAUUGCGAUGUUGACUGCAGAAUUCGAUGCCCACCGAGCUGAUUUUAGAAGUACGAUCGAUACUUUAGAAUUGGCCAGCACCGAGACGGAACGAGUCUACGAGAAGAGGGUAGAAGAUUUACUGCAAGAGGUCAGGGAACUCGCGGAACGAGGCGAAGAUGUCGACAGUGUCGCCAGACAACUGAAGCAGUUGGAAGAGCUUGUACAAGAGCUCGAAGAAGGACUGGAGGAUGCGAGACGUGGCGAAGCCGAAGCUCGAGGGGAAGUUGAGUUCCUGCGAGGCGAAGUGGAGCGAACGAGAUCUGAAUUACGACGGGAAAGAGAGAAGGCAGCAGCUGCCAUGAACGUGGGUCCCAACGGAGAGUCCGGGUCCUUGUCCAAGGAGCUCGAGCAGCGCGACGACGAGAUACGAGGCUUGAAGGCUAUCAUACACUCAUUGAGCCGGGAUGCCGUUCCUGACAUGGGAAGUCCAAAUGGGGAUCUCCAGAAGACGCCAACCAACCGACAGGAGGCAUCACGUCGAAAGCCGAGCAAUGGUGGGACAGACUCGAUCGACGAUCGCCUCGCUCGUGAGCAGCUGGAGCGAGAAGUCGCAGAAUUACGAGCAACUGUCGAAUCAAAAGUCAACAGAGAGGAUGAGCUCGAGCGUGAGGUAGAGCGUUUGAGGCGAGGAAGUGCCAGCAACGGCACUAACCAAAGGGCGAGUGCAAUGAGCAUUGGAACUGUGACCCAAGAUCGCUCCUCGAUUCGAGAUUCCAAGGGAACAGUAGUCAGCUGGCGUGAUCGAGAUACGCGAGCAUCGCCCGAGAAUCACCGUAGAGGAAACACCCUCGAGACCAUGCCAGAGAGUGAUACCUACUCCUCUGCCAAUGAGAGCUUUUGUGAGCUUUGCGAGACUUCUGGUCAUGAUAUCCUUACGUGUACGAACAUGUUUAGUCCUAACAGCGGAGCAACCCGAGAAGCCAAUCACCUUCGAACUGGAAAGGACGUGGUCAAGGCCGGCUUAUCACCAAAGCCGUCCCAAGACGAAUACAAGCCUGCCCCUCUGUCGCCCAUGAAGAACAAGGCCUCAUUCUCCUCCCUCCACCAACCUAGCCCACCCGUUAGGAUCAUCCCUAAUCCUAUGGAAUCCGGUCCUGUGGCAGGAAAGGAAAGCGGCGUCGUCAACAUGGAUAAGUGGUGCGGCGUUUGUGAGCGUGAAGGACACGAUAGCAUUGAUUGUCCAUUUGAAGAUGCAUUCUGAAAGCUCAUACAGCACGUCUCACCCCUCUGCAUCGAAUAUCUCUCCUCCACACGGACUUGCAACACACAAACAUUCGCUCCACAAUUUCGCAGACGAUCACAUGCCUUCGUACAUUCAUUCGUACAAUCCGAUUUUUGUUUUCUAAGCACUACGGGGAGCAUUGCGCGGAUGUCGGAAUUUCCCAUUUUCCCUUUCGAGUACAGCGAUGAUACCAUUCUCUUUUAUAGGCGAUCCUUGUUUAUUCCUGUUUUUAAACAUCAUUGAAUGGAGUGGAAUGGACUCGAUGUCGAUGGAAUUCAGUGGAUGACUGACUCACACUCUCUCACUCUCUCACGCACCCACUCAAUCUGGUCUGGUCCCUGGUGAAGCUCAACCGGCACAAGGUCUAUGACAGUGUCAUGCUUGGAUUGGAAUUGGAUUGGCAGGGUCAUGAAUAAUGUGGAUGUAAUAAUACUUAAUGAAUCAUGCCUGGAGUGAUGAAACUACUGAUCCUUCAUCUCUGUAUUAUUUUGCAGUGUGCUAGCUUUAUCGGGUGCAAAAAUUCUCGAGUUCCUUGAAUACUUACUCAACAUGCGCUGAUUUCCAUGGGCUGGUACGCGAGCAAUUAUGCAGUCGAUGUCAACCGCGGUUCAGACUCUGGCAUUUAUAUGUAUGUAGGUAAGUUACGUUUAUUUCACGACCAAG